UCUUUCCUUCCAAAUAAUACUUAGUAACUGAAAAAUCAAAAAAAAAAAAAAAAGUGAAAAAGUGAUCAGUCUUGACAUUUUGAUGAUGGAGUCAUCGGCGCCGUCCAACUUAGCUCCCUUGUCGGAGGAGUCGCCGCCGGCAGAAACCUCCGCCAGAGAUUGCAGCAAUAAUCCUCCUGAUCAUAACAAUAUUAACGAUGAAGUUCCUUCCGCGUUCUCUUCCGUUCCUGCUCGUCCUCCAAUUCAGACAUCUUCUCAAAAAUAUGCACCUCUAGAUUGGGCUGGAUAUUUUGACCGUGAGGAUGACGUUUCCAUUCCUGGUUCCAAUGAUGUCUUUCAUGUCUACUUGGCAGGAACACAAGGACCAGUUAUCUUUUGUUUGCAUGGAGGUGGUUAUACUGGGCUUUCAUUUGCACUGUCUGCAAGUAAAAUUAAGGAGAAAGUUCGUGUUGUAGCUAUGGACUUCAGAGGACAUGGAAAGUCAUCCACAGAAAAUGAGUUAGAUUUGUCUAUUGAGACUCUGUGCAGUGAUGUAUUAGCUGUGUUGAAGACAAUGUAUGGAGAUUCUCCUCCCGCAAUUGUGCUUGUUGGCCACAGCAUGGGAGGGUCCGUUGCGGUUCAUGUUGCUGCAAGGAAACAGCUACCUACCUUGUGUGGACUUGUUGUAGUGGAUGUUGUUGAGGGUACAGCAAUGGCCUCAUUGAUUCAUAUGCAGAAAAUUCUUACAAACAGAAUGCAGCAUUUUCCUACCAUUGAGAAAGCGAUUGAAUGGAGUGUCAAAGGAGGCUCUUUAAGAAAUAUAGAGUCAGCACGAGUAUCAAUUCCUAGUACUCUAAUUUACGAUGAUUCAAAGAGAUGUUAUACCUACAGGGCGAAACUGGAGGAAACAGAACAACAUUGGAGAGGCUGGUAUGAAGGCCUUUCAGAAAAAUUUUUAUCAAGCCCUGUACCAAAACUCUUGCUUCUGGCUGGGACAGAUAGGCUGGACAGGUUUUUUCUGUUUAAGUCAACAACAUUUACAAGAUUUAGAGCUGUGCAUGAUGUUUUGACUUGGGUUACUUCCAAACAGCUCUUUAGAGUUGCAUUGUUACGUUCUACUGCCCAAAUUCAGAAUAUCAUUCUCCAAAAUCAAGAAGAAAAGGCAACUGGUUUCCAGUUCAAUAAAGGAUGGCCUUGUGCGCCCGAAUGUCAACUAAAUUUUUGAUAAGUUGAAUUUUUUCGUGGACCACAUAAGAUUUACCAAAUAUUGCUUGCCUGUUUACCCAUUCCUGAAUGCUGUUAACUGUGACCAAGAAUAUUGGCACUUUUCUUAUCCAACAGUGCAACAACCAACCUUGUCUUGCUUGCUCAUUCAGCAUUCAGUGUGCAAACUGUCAAUUUUAGUAAAAUUCAGCUUUAUUUGAAGAGUCUCUAUUCACUUCUUUUCUUCUUAAUUGAGGAAAAUUGGACAUUGCGUGCUAGGAUAAUUAGUCUUCACUUUAAUUGAGAUAAAAAGAGAUGUAUUAAAUAGAACAAAGUACAUUGCACAAGAAACUUUAUAUGCAUAUGGACUAUGACCUUAAGCUUGGGUGCCAGGUUGCAGUGUCUUAAAUUCUCCAUUCCUGCAGAGUAUGAAAUAUACUCCAACUAUGCCUUUCAUAGCUGUAGACUGUAAUCCGAACUGUCUAAUGGUAAAUCAAAAGCAUAAACUUGUUCAGUGUGCUGAUACGUUUCGUGUCUCA